AUGCUUGGACUUCUUGCUUAUCGCAUGAUGUACGACAAGAUACGCCAUGAAUGGUAUCCUGUCUUUGACAUGAAGAAACAAUACAGAGGUUUAAACUCAGUUGAAGAAUCAUAUGAUGACGACAACUGGGGUAUCGAUUUCGAUUACGAAGGACCAUUCAAGAUCCACAUCCACUAUCACAACGCUGACGAAGAAUCUUACGAUGAUGAUAACUGGGGCUUUGGAAUCACAUACGACUCACCAUGGGGUAAGUUCCGCUUUGGAUAUCGCAGCAACGAAGAAGAAGCUUAUGAUGAUGACAACUGGGGUAUUGAUUUCGACUAUGAUGGCAAAUUUGGACAUUUCCAUAUCCACUAUCACAACGCUGACGAAGAAGAAGCUUAUGAUGAUGACAACUGGGGUAUUGAUUUCGACUAUGAUGGCAGAUUUGGACAUUUCCAUAUCCACUAUCACAACGCUGACGAAGAAGAGAAUAAUCUCUUCCCCAUUUUCCCACGCAUUACAGAUUUCAGACCAAUUGGAGGCGGUGAAUACUGGAAACGCCAAAGAGAAAUGUUAAGACAACGCAUGGAAGAAAUUGAACGUCAAAAAAAGGCAGCAUCAAAGAAUGGCCUAAACCUCAAGCCUUUCCUUCGCCCAACUAAACGCCCUUUGGUCUUUGGUGGUGGAGAAAACUAUCUUGCUCAAAUGGAAGCAGUAAGACGCCAAAGAAUGGCUCAUUCAAAGAAUGCCAUAUAUCUUCCUAUUUCUGGUCCCAUGAAAUUCUGGACAGAUUAUAAAGGUGGCGACAAACUUAUUUUGCAACCGGAUGGAUCAUGGGUUCCAAAAUAA